AUGAGGGCGGUUCGGGCAGCUCAGCAGCACAGCAGCUCUGCGGCACCAGCGGCUCGGCUCCUCAGCGGCUUAGGCGGCUCGGGCGCCUUUGGCGGCUCGGGCGGCUCGGGCGGGUCGGGCGGCUCAGGCGGCUCGGGCGGCUUGGGCGGCUUGGUUGGCUCGGGCGGUUCGGGCGGCUCGGGCGGAACGGGCGGCUCGGGCUGCGUAGCGGUGCGGGCGGCUCGGUGGCGUAGGGCGGCAGGGCCGCUGGUAGGGCGGCAGGGCCGCAAGGUAGGUGGUGGGGCCGCAGUGAGAGGGGCAGCGGGGCCAUAA